CCCACGCUCUGCAGUCAGCCCGCCAUGACUGUGACCUGCUCCGUGAGCAGUAUGAGGAAGAGCAGGAGGCCAAGGCUGAACUGCAACGUGGAAUGUCCAAGGCCAACAGCGAAGUGGCUCAGUGGAGAACCAAAUAUGAAACCGAUGCCAUCCAGCGCACCGAGGAGCUUGAGGAGGCCAAGAAAAAGCUUGCCCAGCGUCUGCAAGAUGCAGAGGAAUCUAUUGAAGCUGUGAACUCCAAGUGUGCCUCUCUGGAGAAGACCAAGCAGAGGCUGCAGGGUGAAGUGGAGGAUCUCAUGAUUGACGUGGAAAGAGCAAAUGCCUUGGCUGCUAACCUGGACAAGAAGCAGAGAAACUUUGACAAGGUUCUGGCUGAAUGGAAACAGAAGUACGAGGAAAGCCAGGCAGAGCUGGAAGGAGCUCAGAAAGAGGCUCGUUCUCUCAGCACUGAGCUCUUCAAGAUGAAGAACUCCUACGAAGAAACCUUGGACCAUCUGGAGACCAUGAAGAGAGAGAACAAAAACUUGCAGCAGGAGAUCUCAGACCUGACUGAACAGAUUGGUGAAACUGGAAAGACCAUUCAUGAGCUGGAGAAGGCUAAAAAGACAGUGGAGACUGAGAAGUCUGAAAUACAAACUGCCCUUGAAGAAGCUGAGGGCACACUGGAGCAUGAGGAAGCCAAGAUCCUUAGAAUCCAGUUGGAGCUCAACCAGGUCAAGGGAGAAAUUGACAGGAAGCUCGCUGAGAAGGAUGAGGAGAUAGAGCAGAUCAAGAGGAACAGUCAGAGAAUCAUUGACUCCAUGCAGAGCAGUCUCGACGCUGAAGUCAGAAGCAGGAACGAUGCUCUGAGAGUCAAGAAGAAGAUGGAGGGAGAUCUCAAUGAGAUGGAGAUCCAGCUCAGUCACGCCAACCGCCAGGCUGUUGAGGCCCAGAAACAACUGAGGAACGUCCAGGGACAGCUCAAGGAUGCCCAGCUGCACCUUGAUGAAGCCAUCAGAGGACAGGAGGACAUGAAGGAGCAGGUUGCUAUGGUGGAACGACGGAACACCCUGAUGCAGGCUGAGAUUGAGGAGCUGAGAGUUGCUCUGGAGCAGACGGAGAGAGCCCGCAAAGUGGCCGAGCAGGAGCUGGUUGAUGCCAGUGAGCGUGUCAGUUUACUGCACUCCCAGAAUACAAGUCUCAUUAAUACCAAGAAAAAGCUUGAAGCUGACCUUGUUCAGAUCCAAGGGGAGGUUGAAGACACCAUUCAGGAAGCGAGAAAUGCUGAAGAGAAGGCCAAGAAAGCCAUCACUGAUGCUGCUAUGAUGGCAGAGGAGCUGAAGAAGGAACAGGACACCAGCGCUCACCUGGAGAGGAUGAAGAAGAACCUGGAGGUCACAGUCAAGGACCUUCAGCAUCGUCUGGAUGAGGCUGAGAGUUUGGCCAUGAAGGGUGGAAAGAAACAGCUCCAGAAACUGGAAGCAAGGGUGCGUGAGCUGGAAAGUGAGGUUGAAGGUGAACAGAGACGUGGAGCCGAUGCCAUCAAAGGAGUCCGUAAAUACGAAAGGAGGUCACGGAGCUCACCUACCAGACUGAGGAGGACAAGAAGAACAUAACCAGACUGCAGGAUC